AUGAAACUCCAGUCGUCCCUACCAUACCUCCUCGGCCUCGGCCUCGCGGCCUCGGCGCUACCACAGGGCCUCACCGAGAGGCUGGGAAAUGUAGCUUCGAGAGCAACCGUGCCAACAAUCUGGGUAGCUGGCGACUCUACAACUGCACCCGACGGUGGGCACAAUGGCACGGAAGGCUGGGGACAGUAUCUUCAGUACUCAUUCGGCACCAACGCUCGCGUGAAUAACUCUGCUUAUGCUGGACGAUCCGCGCGCUCGUUCGCACGCGAAGGUCGUUUUGACAGGAUAGCGCAAGCAAUCCAACCCGGAGACUGGGUGGUCAUCGAAUUCGGCAUCAACGACGCAGGGACGCUCACGAAUGGCUCGACGAGCUCAACAGGAGACAAAGGCCGACCGCCUUGCCCCGGUGUAGGCGACGAGACAUGUACAGUGACGUUCAACAACGUCACAGAAACCGUGUACACUUUCCCUCACUACAUCAAAACUGCAGCUUCCAAGUUCCUGGACCUAGGCGCAUCUGGCAUCAUCAUCUCGGAGCAACUCCCCACUAACGUGUGGGAAUCUGGUACUUAUACGUUUAAGCAGUCAAGAUUUGCUUACUACGACAUGUUGUCCGUUCUCGAACUCGGUGGUCCAUCUGCGCAUGUGUAUUUUGUGCAACAUGGUAGCUACGCCGCGCAAGCACAGAAGCUACUUGGCAAGGAUGUAGUGGACAAGGAGUAUCCGAUGGAUCAUACGCAUACAGCGCCGUUUUUGGCGGAUGUGCAUAGCCAGGCAUUUGUACUAGGUCUGAAGUGUGGAACUAGUCCGUUGGCCGGGUUGGUAGUCAACGCUACGGCGAGGAUCGAGAUGGAGAGGGGAAGUUGCUUGCCAGCUAACGCUACGCUGCCGAUCUAA